AUGACCGCCGUAUUAUUAAACCUGAGACCGUGCUUGAGGUCUGCAUCACCUUUUAAUACUCAUGGAUCUUUAGCAUUCUUUGUAUUGCCUUUCACAAAACCAAUUCAGUGCUACAGAGACUGGAGCUCCAGCCCCCAACUGAGCAAAAACAACAGCAGACAGACCAAAGUGCCGAGUAGAUGGAAUAAUGGCACCACUGGAGGGAGGACAGGUGGCCAGAACCUUAGUCACAAGCAAAAUCCUUCCAUUCUCAAAUCCGUGUUUGCUGCUGGGACAGCAAAGAGGACAGCAGAGAUUAUGAGGAGAAAGGCGGGUUUAACCCCUGAGGAAAAUCAUCCUGAGGAGCCUGUGAGGAGGACAGCUGGGAUGAAAGGAAAUCUACAAGCACCCAAUCGACCGCUAUCUGUUGAGGAGUGGAAAAAUCUGAAGGAGUCUGUUGGAAGUCCGGACCGAUUUAAUGUUGGCAUGAUGGUUAUGCUGUUAAAGUCUGGAGCAGAGUUAGAUAUUGCCAAAUCCUUGCUGUCAUUCGUUGCCACCGAAACAGGAACGGUGUCUUAUCAACUUCUACUGCAGUAUCUGGCAAUAUGUGUGAAUGGCAAUCAUGACAAAGAAGUAUUUGAUGUCUAUAGUAUCAUGCGAGAGAGUUUCCCCUCUUUGGAUACUGGAGCUUAUAAUCUUUUGAUUAAAUCUUUUAGCCGCACAUCAAGAUGGCGCGAAGCUAUCGGUUUCUUACAUGACCUCAAAAAGGUUAUUACCCCGUCACCUCGCAUUUAUGGCCAUGUAAUUGCCGCAGCCAUUCUAAAUGGUGACCCGAUCACCUCCUGGGCGCUUUAUGAUGAAUUACUGGCGAAGGGUCUGAGCCCACAACAAGAGACUUGGAGUUGUUUGUUUGAGGGAACGAGCGCGUCAGAGAACGAGCAACAAGAGAGGCUGCUGGGAAUUUUGCUGUAUAUGAGGAACAACCAAGUUUACCCACAGCUGAGUCUGGCUAGCACCAUCAAGACUUGGUUUGAACGUAUUCCAAGGCAGAAGUGGAGAGGAACUUGGUCCAGCUCCUCACCAAAGGGACUGUGUAAGAGUUGUGGAACUGAGUUGGAAUCCAUUCAACUGAGCGCUGAGGAGUACCAACAGCUGAGGAGCAGGGUCAUGACUGACAUCAUCCAGGGACGGGACGUCUUCAAGAAGACCACACCAGAGGAAUUAGAGCGGUUCAAAGAAUUUGUGAGGACCAAGCCAGCCUUUGACGUCGUUGUGGAUGGCCUCAAUGUAGCAAAUAUCACAAAUGACCAAAGCAAGAAAUCAGAGUCGUUGCUGGCGGUUGUCUCGGAGCUCAAGCUACAGGGUCUGACUGUGCUAGUGCUGGGGAGGAAACACAUGUUGCAGCCCUCCAGAUCUUGGUCCAGACAAAACAUGAACCUGAUCCAGCAGAAAGCUCAUUGCUUUUUCACUGACAACAUAUCAGAAGAUGACCCCUUCUUGCUAUACGCAACGUUGCAUUCGGGGAACCACUGUCGCUUCGUGAGUAAAGACCUGAUGAGAGAUCACAAGGCAUGCUUGCCGGACGAAGCCACCAGGCGACUUUUCUUCAAAUGGCAAAGGGGCCAUCAGAUGGUCGCGUACGGACGCAUUGCGGCAGGGAGGAGGGUCCGAUUUCAGAGCGUCCCCAGCUGCGACACCAUAGUGCAGACUUCGGGGGAGACGUGGCAUAUCCCCUAUGACGACACUGAAGACAGGUGUUCAUAUGAAGUCCCGCAGAAAUGGCUGUGCCUUACUAGAAUUCCUUGA